GAAGCACAACAGCAGUUACAAUAAAGCAGCCACCUUCAUGUGAAUUUGGUUGGUUGACUAUUAUUCUUUUUUACUACAUCUCAUAAGCAGCAAAAGCAAGAGUUAUAUCGCUUAAGUAAAAAAAAAAAUUGGGAAGCAUUUUUUGGGAAUACCUAGCAGAGUAUUGUAGUUCAUAAGUCAAAUCAGCGAUCAGCAUCUAGCAAACGGAAAGUUAUAAUAUUGUGGUAAAAUAAUACAUAUUCAUAUGGAGCAACGUGUUAGCGAAAUAGCACAAAUAAAAAGCUUACCAAGUUGUAGUGAAUCAUAAUCAACAUAAGCAAAUAAAAUUAAAAGAAAAAUAUCCACACUCAACCGAAUUUGUAGCAAGUAACGAAAAAUUGGUAGUUCUUAAGGUAAACGAAAAAGUUUUUUCGGAAAUUUGGUGCAAAAAUGGGUCACUCGGUGUCCAGUGCAGAAAAAUAAAUACGAGUUUAGUUGUAGUUUUUUUGUGUGCGUGUAUCCUCACGCUUAGCUAAAAUGUGUAUUUUAAAUGACUGAAGUAUCUAGAAGAGAAUAUCAAAAUAAGUUCACAGUGAACAUGUUUAAAAGUUUACCAUAAUCAUCAUACCCCAAAAUUGCAUCCUUCUAUUGUUGAUGGUUUUUGGUGGAGGAGAAGGAAGCAGAAUAAUAAUCAGUUCGCCCCCAAAUGGAUAUAGAUUAGUGACCCCGUGUGCGCGUGUGUGUAUAUGUGCUUGAAAGUCAGUGGACUGCGAAUAUAGGUCAUUGCAAAACAAGUUGGAAUUGUUUCGCCAGUAGUCCGGAUUCGCUAUGGAUUUGGGCGGUGAAGUUUUUACCAUGGGCCUGGCGCUGAAGCUCCAGAAGAUGCCCCCGGGAGCGACACUGGACUUUGGCGAGUUCCGGAGGGAAAACUCCAAUGCGGCCGCCUUCACCAGCGACUUGGAUAGCUACCAAGCCCAGGAGACGACACUGAACGACACCGGCCCGUACGAGGAGUAUGAACUCUUUUACCGACAUUCGUCCACCAUGACGGCUGUGUACUGUGUGGCCUACUUUGUAGUGUUUAUCGUUGGCCUGGUUGGGAACAGUUUCGUCAUUGCCGUGGUAUUCCGAGCGCCCCGGAUGCGCACCGUGACUAACUUUUUCAUCGUGAACCUGGCCGUGGCUGACGUGCUGGUGAUAGUGUUCUGUCUGCCGGCAACGCUGAUGAGCAACAUCUUUGUGCCGUGGAUGCUCGGCUGGUUGAUGUGCAAAACCGUACCUUACAUCCAGGGAGUCUCGGUGGCGGCGUCUGUCUACAGUCUGAUAGCGGUUUCGCUGGAUCGAUUCCUCGCUAUCUGGUGGCCGCUCAAGUUGCAGAUUACGAAACGUCGUGCCCGAUUCAUGAUUGUGUGCAUUUGGAUCAUCGCGCUCAGCUCGACCAUUCCGUGGGCUCUGUUCUUCGAACUGGUGCCCAUCUUUCCGGAGGCGCCUGAAAUUCAACUGUGCGUUGAAGUUUGGCCGCCUGGAACCGAUGGCGCGCUGUACUUUCUGCUGGCAAACCUGGUUGCAUGCUACCUGCUGCCGAUGACACUCAUCACCAUUUGUUAUAUACUGAUCUGGAUCAAGGUCUGGAGGCGAUCCAUUCCCGGCGACUCGAAAGACGCCCAGAUGGAUCGAAUGCAGCAAAAGUCCAAGAUCAAAGUUGUUAAGAUGCUAGUUGUAGUUGUUAUUCUAUUUGUACUAUCCUGGUUGCCACUGUACGUGAUUUUUGCUCGAAUUAAACUGGGCGGCGCACUGGAGAGCAGCGAAGAAGAGCUACUACAGAUCGCGACUCCUAUCGCACAAUGGCUCGGAGCGUCCAACUCGUGCAUCAACCCGAUCCUGUAUGCAUUCUUCAAUAAAAAGUACCGAAAGGGAUUCGCUGCCAUCAUCCGAUCGAGGAAGUGUUGCGGACGGUUGAGAUACUACGAAACCGUGGCUAUCGCAUCAUCCUCAACCAGUACCCGCAAGUCAUCACACUACCACAACAGCACCAAACGUCCACCGUACAGUCCGUCGAUCAAAUCGACGGAUGCCGUUUCGUACAUCUAUGAGGAGAAAGGUGGCCGAAAGCAUCAUUCGAUUUCGAAGCAGGACAGCAACCUCUCGCGGCACAUGUUGCUCAAACAGGAUAGCAGCAUAUCUCGCCAAACACUGCUUAAACAGGACAGCAUCGCCUCACGAUCCGCAAUAUUGUAUCGGCAAGAUAGCGACAAUUCGCGACAGAUGCUUUUGAAGCAGGAUAGUAAUGGUUCGCGGGAUUUGCUUUCCAAGCAGAACUCGGCCUCGGACUCAAUCUCCCGCCAGGAUAGUCAGAUUUCGUACAUUGAGCCACGUAAAGGCAUCCUGUGUAAACAGGACACGCAAAUAUCGUACAUAGAACAUACGGGUGCCAGCAAAAAAUACUCGGCCUCGCUGUCUAGCCAGGACAGCGUCCUUUCGAUCAUUGAACACAAAAGACACAAACUCGUAAAACAAGACUCCAUUUUCUCAUUCAAUGAGCCCAAGUCAGGUAAGAAGAAGCCUUUCCAUAGUUGGUGUCCAAGCACGUCUCCUGCACGUAAAAGCACGACAUUUCCUAUCGCACAACCACCACUAAUAGCACUAGCAAAUCCUACCACUAGAUGGCCGCUUUUCGGAGCUCGUAGUUGUUGUCCACCUGUCCACAAUCAUCAUUUGUACCACCACCCACAGUGCAACUGCCAGCGUCGCACGUCGCUGCUCCUACCGACCAUUAACCAACGGCACCCUCUAUUGUUUUUGCUCAUUGUAGUGUACGAGAGUGCGGCCGCACCUCCAAACAAGCGACACCAGCUGGUUAAACAGCACUCGGUUAUCUCGUUUGCCGACCAGAAGCGCGGCGGCAGCCUAACAAAGCAGGAUUCGGUAACGACCAUACACCGGACCGGUAACGGUGAAGGGCCGUACAUCUCGUCGAUCCUGAAAAAAACCGACUCACAAUGCAGCUCGGCCUCACCGAUAAGAAAAAAUAUUGGAUUUUUCGAAGGAUAGGUUCUACACUGCAUGGGUGACCUUCGUCCCAGGCCACUACCAGAGGACACCGAAACACGCUGCCUACCCUAGAGGGAAGACCCAUAGAACACUCACCAUAGUCGUAUGCUAUACAAAAGCUACAAAGAUACAUUGAUGUUUCCAAGCUUUGCCUUCGGAAAACCAAAAAAAAAAAAUACGCUUCACCUCCCUUUAUUCACCGUACGGUUCUGGCCCAGUCCACAGUAGCUGUGAGAGCCAUCCCUAUCCUGCACUAUCUGUGCAACGAGCAAGCACGCUUUCAAGCAGGAACUGUAGAUAAUUCGUCGUCAUUUCCUGCCACAAAUAUAUAUAUCACCCAGAAGCAAAAAGUACGGAUCACAUCCGUUUUGCUUCAAUAGAUAAGGUACAAAAAUAAACCCUCCCACAGCACCCACCGGCUCUCGCACAUGUUCAUUCAACAGCCCCGUCCAUCACAUCGAUUGGAUUCUAGUUCAUUCAGUUUAGUACCUAGUGGAAAAAUACACCUCCAACCAUCAGCACCACCACCACCACCACCAGUUAUUUUCCCACUUAAACUGCCAUGUAGUCCAUAACAAUCAACAUCAAUCGACUACUGAUCCGAAAUUGAGGGAAAUAGAAGAGUACUCACCAUUCCACACACCCCAUACUCACCUCUCACCACCACAACUCGGAUACAACAGAUCCAAUAAAUCAGACACUGCGAGUGCAAACAGGUGAAUAAUCUCCGAAUCGUAAGCUCGUACGGGUGUUGGUACAUGCCUGGGUACGUUUUAAAAUCAGAAGGCAGAGUCUACUGAGUUUACUCUAGCAGUCGAUCGGUGUCAAAAGUAUGUCAGAAUAGGUUUGGUUUGGUUUUUAAGUGUGUGAAACUAGCGUAUUUAUUUCCAACGAUGAAAGUAAAAACAAAAGCAAAUCCGUGUAUAUCGCGCGAUACAUCAACUAUUAAACAGAGAACAUAAACAGUAUAACACAUACAUCAUUAGCGCGAUAUGAGUGAACCAUUCGUAUUAGCAUGUUAAUAACAAAUUUCCAAAGCUAGUGAGAAAGAGCUUUUCUAAUGCUAAGGUAACAUAAGCUUUACAAGAUACGACGGAAUAUAAAACCAUGUUUCAAUAGGAGUGGCAAUGUUUAGUUUUUUGUUCUGCUUCCAGUACGCGGAUGUAAACAUUUCAGUACGGUAUUGUUCGGUGUAUUUCUAUCUGUACUAUUUUUUCGUAGUUAUUUUUAAGCGUGUUUGAUCUGUGCUAUUCAACGGGGACGGAAAAGCGUCAACUUCUUGCCGAAUGCAUAUAGGGGAAGAUGAGGUAAUGGGGAACCCCGGGGCAAAAUGCAACCUUUGCUUAUAUCGAAAAUUGCUGAAAAUUUCGAGCAAAAAGUAUCACCAGCUGGAAGUUCGUCAUAGUAAACGUACACUGUUAAAGUUUGAUAACCGUAUAUCAAUAGCAGCCCGAGAAAUAUUCAAAAAACAAGAAGGUGCUCAUCUCGUGUAAUUAUUGUGGCUCGUGUAAUAAGGAUUUUCAGCUGAUAUAAAUUCUGUUUUAUUUUUACUGAUAUUAGUACUUAUUUUUAUUGGUUUUUAGCUUUAAAUUCCACUAUAUGAUUUUUACAGGAUACUAUUGAUUGAUUUUCAUUAGCAUUGUUUCCACGAUUUGGAAAAAAAAUCUUUUUUCUUUUCAAAGAUGGCCUCCUUUCGAGACUUUCUUCGGGGAACCAAAUACAAAUAUGUUAUAUUUGGUUGAACCUUGAAGUGAAACGGCAACAAAGCUCGAUUGAUGGUAAAAAAAUCUACACUUGUGUCAAAUUUGGGUGAACAAAAUAGACCAAGAUAGGGAUUUUUUUAAUUUUUUGUAGAAUUUUUAUUAAUUAAUGUAAACAUUUGCGCAAAAGAAAAACUAUUUUACUUCUUUUUACAUUUCUUACAAAAGAAAUGUAUAGGAUUCGCUCAAACUUUGAAAACUUUCUCCGAGGCCCGGAGGGCUGAGUCUCAUAUACCAAUCGACUCAGCUCGACAAAUUGAGACAAUGUCUGUAUGUGUGUAUGUAUGUAUGUACAAAAUGUCAUGUAAUUAUCUCAGCAAUGGCUGAACCGAUCUUAAUGAAACAAGUUUCAAAUGAAAGGCCUAACGUGCCCAUUUGACACUAUUAUUUUUGUUUUUCGAUAUGUUGUUUACUUUCUGAGAUAUAGGUCAUUUUGUCAAAACAUUGCAGGUUUUUAGUAAAUAACUUUCAAACAAAGCAACGUGGUUCCACAACCUGCGCAUAAUAGAAACCUUGUAAAAAUACAUUUCUAUCAAGCUAUAUAUUGUCAAAAUCCGUUCACGAGCGAGGGAGAUAUUAAACAUUUUGUAUUUCUAUUCCUCGCUUACCAAUUUUCACUAAUUAAAAAAGAGACCGUUUCAUAUAGAGUAUACUGGUGCUUUAGGGGCAAAACUAAACCGAUUUUGAAUAUCGGAGUAUGAAAACACAUCUAAGUGAUUCAAGGAAUUUGAUUUAGAAAACAUUUAGUGAAUUACCUAUCUAAUAAUUGAACUAUUUCUCAAAAAUCAAUAGGUAAGUUCACUUCAAAAACAAAAUAAUGCGUUCAUAGUGAAUUUUUUUCUGGAGUUCAUGUAUUUAUCCCUUGGAUUAGGCGAUGCGUUCAGCCGUGAAGUAAAUAUUGGAUGGUAUAUAACUAUACAGAUCAUCAAGUAAUUCACCUAGUAGUGAGAUAACAGACUUCACUUACAAUUAUACUCGCGGCAUCACCGAAAUAAACUGUAUUUUUGAAUCCCAAAACUCUAGCAAAAAUUUAGCUCUUUGCAAAAUUUAGAUUAUAUUGGUUAUGGCGCAAAAAUUACUACUUACAUUAUUUAUAAUAAGGAUGUAAGGAAUCAAUAUAUCGCAUAAUAUACCUAUAAAAAUAAAGUCUCGGCAUGAACCAUCAUUUGCCAUUCCUCACAUGCCCUCCCCAUCUCUAUCUCACUCUCUCGCUCUCUCUCUUUAUCUCCCUCUCUCUCUAUCUCUAUCUCUCUUUCUUCAUGUUGGUGGCAACUGUCACGACUCACAUCUAUCUUGCUAUUUCUCUAUUCAUUUCUAAGUUGUGUGAUAAGAUUCUCUGCUAAUCUUUAUUAAUAUUCAAGCUAAUUUCAUGUGUGCGAUAUAAUUGUGAAGGUUUGAGAAAACAAAACUAUUUUUUGUCUGUUACCCUAUUAUUUUCUUUGCAUUUUAGUGUACAAGAGACUUGCGGAAACAAGUUUAAUAAUACAUCCUACAUGUCAAAUAAAAUAUUUGUAGUCCGAGAAAAUUUGCAAAAUAUUUGCCUUAUGGGAAAACUAUAACUAUUUUCAAGGUGAAAUUGGUAUUUCGAAACGUUGCACUAUGGGUAGACAGGUGACCAUCGAAAACUACAUAAACUCAAAUUUAAUUCAGCUCUAUUCAAAGCUUGUAUAAACACUAUAAUAAAGGAAAUUCAUGGCUAUCACAGAAAAAUAUGUGGCUUAACUGGGAGGUGGGACACGUGCGAUAUUUCAACUCUUCAUAUCUCUAUUGAAUUUUGAAUAAAACAUAUGCUCAAAUAUGUCAUGUGAAAACUAAGAACACCUUUUUGGGAUGAUAUUGAAAAUGCACAUACAUUGUAUUGGUAUGAACUUUCAUGAAAAAUAACGGAUGAAAGCCCAAAAAUAUCCACAAAUUAGAUCCGGGAAAAGAAGUCUCCCAAAGUCCCCACUCUCAAUGGGGGAUGCAAGUACAAGGUGUCUUCUAACUUAUCGUCGUGCAUAUCUGCUCUAUACUGAGUACACUUCAAUUGAAGUUUCAAUGGAAGUCACAAUUAGUAGUGAGGCAUUGGGUAAUUCAGCACACGUUUCGUUCGAGUUUUCCAUAUUGUACAAGUAAAUUAGCGAGGAUUACAAUCAGAGUUUAUGCAUUGGACAGAUAGUUGAUCUGACUACAUUUUUGCCAUCCUGACAGUUCGAACCAUUUCUUUUUCACAGUAUUGGAUUGUACAGGGCUUAUUUAUCCAUAUUUCCUGAACGAGAAUUCCGAACGAAACAAUAUGUAAGUUAUAAGGAUGACUGGAAAGAGACUGCAUUAUAAUCAACUUAAUGCACGCCUUUUAUACUAUCGACAUAGCCUAGACACUUCACACUAUUUAUUUUAAUUCAAAUGAAAACUUUGAAACAUCUACUUGUCUCUUUUACGAAUCGCAUUCUCCAUCUUUUGCUCUCUGUUCAAAGGGCUUUCGUGAGAUUUUGUCUACUUUCCGAAUCUGUAAUAAGUUUUGAUGUAGGCGUUCAUUUGAUAAAGUUGUGACAUAUUUGGCGAAUGAAGAUUCGUCAAAUCGUUGUAAACGUCACGAAACAAUGUGUCAUGCGACCUUGUCUCACUUUACUAUAAUCAAUGGCGCAUUAAAUUACUGGACCAUCAAAUUCUAUUCUGCACAAUUUUUCGGGAAUAUGUGACCAAAAAGUAAACUUUGAAUUCCAAAGCAAAUUGAACGUUCCAGGUUCCUGAUAACUAAUUAAGGUCCAUCAAUAAUGUUGAAACACUAAAUAAUCUUAAAACGGCGCUGUCAAGUAAAGAAGCGUGAAAACGAAAAGACUAAAACAAAAAAAGGAUAGCAGCCCUAGAAAUCCCAUUGUAUAUUAAUUAGCCUUUUCCCGGAAGAUAAAAUUUUCAAAAUCAUUUCAUAACUUUCUGAUGCAAUGGUUCUCAAAUUCGUACAAUCUGGAUUAUUUUAUUCAAAAAUGUUUUUUUACUUUAACUUUAAAUGAUCAUUGCAUUUUAAUUAAUUGUUUUAUUCAGCAUCUUUUUAUUAAUUUUGUUCAUCUGCGUUCAUUUAAUCUACUUUAUUCGUUUCAUCAUUUGGAUUCACUCUGAUCAGUUUAUUCAUUUCGUGCAUUUUAGUCAUAUCAUUCAUUUCACUUAUUUUAUUC